GGCUAGCUGAAGGCAUCCCAUUUUAUCAUAUUUGUUUUACUUCUUCAAUUCCUCCCUAUUUAUCAGUCUCCUAUACAGAUGCAGGGUGUUUGUGGAAUUUGGAACACGCGUGUAUCUUGCACAGAACAAGAAUCCAUAAAGGGGAAGGCACUUUAGGGAGGAAUAAAGGUUGGACAGAAAAUCAAGAAGAGCUUUCUAUUUUCUUCUCCAUACGAUGAUCACAGGGGCCACUCCUUGUUACCCUAAUGGGCCACAAGGGAUACCAAUCUAUGGAUCAGGUCCUGAUCAAGCUUCAUCUCUUGAAGCAAAUUCUUCUGCUUCAUCCACACAACCCAGCUCUUUUCUUUACAAUCUCUCAGUUCUUAAAGAUAAAGUCCACCAGGUACAAUCCCUAGCCAGUAUUUUCUUUUCAUACGAUCACGGCCACCCGCCCGAGUCAACGGCCAUCGCUGUCCCAACGAUGGGCACCUUAAUUCAAGAAAUUAUUGUCACGGCAUCGUCUAUGAUGUUUGCUUGCCAGCAAAUGGCCCUUGGUUCGCCUUCCAUCAACAAUAACGCAGCCUUUGACUUGCAGCCCCACCACCGGCCGUCUAAUAUAACAACCAACGCUGCCAGCGCUGGCGGUCUAGCCCCAUCGGCUGACAAUCCUGCCGUGGACGAAAGAGGGCCCGCGGCAGCUUUCUUUUCCAGUCAUCAUGACGCGCUUGAUCACUGGUAUAGUGAUAGUUGCAACAAUUGCAACCCGACUGAUGAUAAUAACAUUAGUAAUAGUACUAUUGAAGGUAGUAAUUGCGCAAGAGAGUUGCCUCAGAAGACAGAAACAAACGAAGGGUCGUCACAGGGCCUGCUUUCUCCCAAGAAUUACGAUAUCGUCGAACUGGAUGCUGCCGAUUUGUUAGCCAAGUACACUCACUAUUGCCAGGUCUGCGGCAAAGGGUUCAAACGGGACGCAAAUCUGCGAAUGCACAUGAGGGCGCACGGGGACGAGUACAAGUCCAGCGCUGCUCUCAGCAACCCCAUGAAAAUCGCUUCUACUAUGAGUGGAGAGAGCAACAUCCCCAAGCUUCCGAGAAAAUACUCCUGUCCGCAAGAAGGGUGCCGGUGGAACAAGAACCACGCCAAGUUCCAGCCUCUCAAAUCCAUGAUAUGCGUAAAGAAUCACUACAAGAGAAGCCAUUGCCCGAAAAUGUACGUGUGCAAGAGGUGCAACAGGAAGCAAUUCUCCGUGCUGUCGGACUUGAGGACUCAUGAAAAGCAUUGCGGUGAUCUCAAGUGGCUGUGCUCAUGCGGGACGACGUUUUCGCGAAAGGACAAGCUCAUGGGCCAUGUUGCCCUGUUCAUCGGCCACACACCGGUUAUAAAUUCGUCGACGAAGCUGGGGAGUGGAGCUCAAAAUUCAGCACAAAUGCAAGUGAUCAAAGCAGGUAAGAACGAUUAAAUCCCCGUGGAUGUGUAAUACAUAGGCUGCUCGUUUUUCAUCUGUUCCGUAUAUUUGAAUACAGUGCUUUCCUUGUAGGUGGAAAUUUGGGUGCUUGGUAUAGUUUUUAGGUACUUUUCUAGUUUGAAACUUGGUCCGAGUCAUGUAUACUACAUAGUUAAUAUAUAGAACGUACACUUGUAUUGAUCAGGUGUAAAAGAAUUCUACACAGACAAGCUUAUUGAUGGCUUUGUUUUGUGUGACAUUCCUCAGUACAGAAUAACCCUUUGUAUGUUAAAGUCGCAAUUUUACAAACGUUUGUGUAGUAUUCUUUUACACUCACCAUGUGUACUUGCUGCAACGACAUGGCUUGAAUCUAGUUUAAUUUUGUCUUCGAUCAC